AUGACGUACUACUACUACUACUACUACUACUACUACUACUACUACUACUACUACUACUACUACUACUUCUACUACUACUACUACUACUGUGGUCCAUUGGUCAAGUGGUUUCCCACUUCCCUGAGCGCCCACAGGCCCCGUACUGGACUCUCGGUGUUCCUCCACAUCCCGCGGUGCCGUGAUUUUCUCGAGUUCCACCUCGGGACUCCAUUUCGUUAUACCUUUUUCUCCGAAGUUUCUUUUUUCUUUGCUCGCCCUUGCGGCCCUUCUGGGUGA